AUGGAGCGUUUCCUUCACUUUGUCUCCAAUCCACUACAGCCCUACUCCGCUUUAACACACGAAGAAGAUGGGGGUGAUACUCUGGGAGAAGAAGUAGAGAAGCUGCCUCCUUCCGCCCGCCGCGGUGCCCUGGUCCGGAGUGUCCUUUGGUCGCUUUUGCCCUCCUUCGUCUCGAGGCCGAUCCGCCGCCAUACCGACCCGAACUACAAAGAAGAGGAGGACGACGGCGCCAUACCCGACCCGAACUCGACGUCGUACCUCAACGGCCUGCGCGGCAUCGCCUCCCUGAUCGUCGCCUGCCAGCACAACACGAAUCAGUACUUCCCGGCGAAUAAUAUGGGAUGGGGAGACCCCCCCGGCCACUACCACAUCAUCCAGCUCCCCUUCGUCCGCACCCUCCUCGCCGGCAGCUUCUCCGUCACCGUGUUCUUCGUCAUCAGCGGAUUCGCCCUUUCUUACGGGCCCCUCAAGAGAAUGCACCAGGGGAGGGCGGACGACGCCAUCGGCAACAUCCCCUCGAGCCUGUUCCGCCGGCCCCUCCGGCUCUUCUUGCCCGUCGUACCCGUCUUGGUCUUCACCAACCUCGUCCUGAUCCAUUGGUUCAACGCCUUCUACGCGAUGGAUUCGGAGAGCCUCCUGCCGCCGCAGACCACCGUCUGGGACGAGCUCUGCCAAACCUGGCGCGACUUCAUCGCGGUCGUCAUCGGAGCCUUCCCGCCAGCCGCCAUGCCCCAGGUCUGGACGCUCGGCGCCGAGUAUCAGGGUUCGCUAGUCAUCUUCCUCUGCUGCCUCGCCUUCUCGCGCCUCAGCCCGGCCACGCGCAUGGCGUUUGUCACGGCCGUCUUCUGCUGGCAGUGGCACGUCGGCUACUGGCAAACUGGUCUCUUCCUGGCCGGCAUGGUGCUCGCCGACCUACGCCUCCUGAGGCCGGAGCUCCCCUCCCUGCGCCGGGGCACCAAGAUGGUGUUGGCGGCGGCGAACUGGUUCGUGUUUUUCAUGGCCCUCUGGCUCGGCGGGUGGCCCAUUUACGGGGAAGGAGGCAGCACCCUCGGCUUCACGUACUUCGACUGGAUCCCCACGGGGAACGUGCCGCAGAACCGGUUCUGGCACGGCGUCUCGGCCAUCGCGCUGGUCUCCUCCCUGGAGAACAUGGCGGAGGGUCGGCUCCAGUCGUGGCUGAACGCCAGGUGGGUUCUCUACCUCGGCGAGAUCAGCUACGGGCUCUACCUGGUCCACUGGAUGAUCGCGAUGAACUCGCUGACCAAGGGGACCGUCCUCCAGCUGCGGCUGGAGCCGGGCUGGUCGGACCUCACGGCGUGGACGGUCGGGUUCGCCGUCUCGAUGCCGCUCUGCAUCUGGGUCGCGGACCUGCACUGGAGGUUGGUGGACAAGCGGUCCGUGAAGCUGGCCAGGCGGUUAAGCGACUUUUUUGGCAUCUGA